AUGCAUAAUGGCACCUGGAACAAAAUCAGUACCAAGUGUUGGGAGAUCCGUGGAAAGACCUUGGGCAAGGAUCGUUGGGCUAUGGGAAUGAAAGUUCUUUAUUUUGAUGACAUGAUUGGAGCUGAGCAAUUGGCUCAAAUGAAGCAAGGAAGCUAUCUCAUAAAUGCUAGUCGUGGAAGCGUUGUCGAUAUCCCUGCAUUGGUUGAAUCCAUGCGCUCUGGACACACCGCGGGUGCAGCUCUUGACGUCUAUCCAACUGAACCAGCGGCCAAUGGUGAUUAUUUCAAUGACACACUCAACUCCUGGGGUAACGACCUGAGAUCUCUAAAGAACCUUAUUUUGACUCCCCAUAUCGGUGGGAGCACUGAGGAGGCUCAGAGCGCAAUUGGUAUUGAGGUUGGAGAAGCCCUAGUCCGGUAUAUCAACUCUGGAAGCACUAUUGGGUGUGUUAAUAUGCCGGAGGUGACUCUUCGUUCUCUCACUCUUGCAGAGGAGAACCACGUCCGUGUUAUAUUCAUCCAUAGCAAUAGGCCUGGUGUUCUGAGGCAAGUCAACUCUAUUCUUGGGGACCACAACGUGGACAAGCAAAUGAGCGAUAGUCGAGGCGACGUCGCAUAUUUGAUGGCAGACAUUAGUGAUGUCAAUGCUGGAGAUAUCCGCAGUCUCUACGAGAGCUUGGAAGCCUUGAGUUCUAAAAUAAUGACGAGAGUUCUGUAUUAGUAACAUUAGUUUCUGAUCUAUCUUCUUUUGUUUUUUAUUUUAGUUUUUUUUGAAUUUAUUGCCAUCGGUUCUUUCCUGUUCUCUUUUCUAGAAAAUUUUCGUUGUCCAACCUCGUACGUGGGUGUUAAUACCUGCAGUCAAUAGGUUGGUAAUGCCAAAAUU